AUGAAUUUUCUCAUCAGCUCGCCGGUACCACACUUCUCGCAAUCGUCGCCGACCAAUCACGUGUCAACAAAGUCGACAAAAGAGCGUCAACGUUUGAAAGACAUCGAGAGGCCGUCAUUGUCCUACAAAGAUCUCAUCAUUGAAGCCAUCGAAAGCAGUCCUGAUAAACGGCUCAAGCUGAAUGAAAUAUAUCAGGUAGAGAGGCUGCUUUCUGAGUUCUUCCAACAAGUUUUACCCUGCUAG